AGUCCACGCUGCAGCUCUGUGGUGAUGAUCGUGCCUGGAGGAGCCUGGAACUCGCGUCACCAUGGAAGCGCUCAGUUUGCGACAUGUAUUCGCCAUUUUGCUGCCUCGGUGUGUGUGUGUGGGCUUCUCUCUAAUACCUCUGUAGCUUUCAAACAUUCAACACUCAACAUACCAACUGGAACAACCACGGAAAACGUCUGGACUUAGAGAAGUGUAGCUGCAGCAGCAUGACAUGGAAAUUUGGACGACGUAACAUUAGAUAGUCUCAUCGAGCGUCACGGAAGAGGACCAGGAGGAAUGCAAGCUUGACAAACAGGAGAGUGGUUUUCCAUCACCAACCACUCAGGAUGAAAGCACGAAGUAAAGAGGAGGAAUAUUAUUGUCCUCACAGGAUUGUAUUUGCUUCUUUGGAUUCUCAAAUUUGACCACAACCACAAGACCAUCAAUAAUGAUACCUGGAUUGAUCUCCCAGGAGUUACACAAGCUGCUUCUGGACCUGACCAAUUACCAAAAUCGCACAAAUGGGGUGGAAGAGCUCAAACACAUCCUCUCAGAAGUGGACAUGAAAUCAGUCCCAUCUGGCAGUAUUGUGGAGUUCAUACAUUUUCUCCCUCAACUUCUGGAUGACAGUAAUUUUAAAGUGUUGUAUUGCACCUUGCAAGUUUUAAACUUACUCAUUCAGAAGUUAGAUACAGGUGUAGACAGAUAUUUCAAACAGAUAGUCUUAGUGGCUUUGAAGGCCCUAGGGGAUACUCGCACUGUCACCAGAAAUGAAUACAUGAAUGUGUUUCGACAGCUGAUGAAAACCGUCGCACCACAGCAAGUAUUGGAUAUUGUCAUUGGCACCUUGAAGCACAAGAAUUCAAGGGUUCGGGAAGAUGUCCUUAACAUCAUUAUGGCAGCUAUGCUCACUCAUCCUAGAAAAGAUUUCAACAUCCCUAAGCUUUGUUUUGAGGUUGCACCCUAUCUGGCAGACAGCAAAAGGAAGGUCCGCCAAGCCGCCCUUGAGCUGUUUGCGGUUUUUGACUAUUGCCUUGACACAGGGAAAAAGCAGCCUCUAAUGAAAGCUGUGGACAUGGUUGAACUCAACGAGGAUGCAGACGGUCUUAUGGCAGCUGUGCAGGCGAGACGAGCGAGGCACGUCCUUCCCAAACUCUCCUCAGAGGGGAUAGUGGAGUAUGGUUUGGUGGUCCCGAAACCAGGACAUCGGGGCUCCCUACAGUAUGGUUCUGGAGCGGAUCUGGACUGGGUGAUGAACGGUGGGCGCAUAAGCAGUGCCAGGAGCCACAGAAGUGAACCAGACUGCAACCAAUUGUAUGGCUAUGGCAGCUUAGGUUCCCUCACUGAUGACCUUCCACUUCAAAGGAGGAUUGUCAGCGCAGGUAAAGGGAAGAACAAACUACCCUGGGAGAUGUCGAGCUUCUCAUCCACUGAGAAUGACCAGCAAUGCAGUACUCUGAAUGGGAAGUGCUCUGAAAAGGAUUUCCUUCCACCGUCCAGGAAGCUCAGUCCAGAGACCUACAUACCCAGUUUCAGUUCUGCACAGCCUAAGAAGCCACAAUCCUCCAGAAGGAAGGAGUCCCCUGCCCGCCUCAGAAGAAGUGGAAGCCUCAACUUGGAGCCAGACAUCUUUAAAACCACCAACUUCUCUGACCCAGAUGUUGUGGCACCCAAGGGACGCAUGCUUUCAAGGAACCCCAGUGUUGAGCGCACGUUCUCCCUGCCCUCGAACCCCACCACGUCCGGAUCCUUCCUACUGCCCUCCUACCCACUGGCUACGCUCCCAGGAGGCAUGCUUACUCCAACUCUGUCCCGCCGUCAUGCAGACUCCUCCCUCUCUAUGUCCAACACAUGGCCCAACAAGAGAGAGAACACCCCUCACCAGCGAGACACCAGCCCCUGGAGAGACACAACAGACACAGCAAAAGGAGGCAAUCUCUUGAGCAAAUGCUCUCCCCGGCCUCUUCGCGCCUCCCUCGUGAGUUCUUCUUCCACUUCGUCAUUCCGUCGGGCUCUGAGCAGCACCAGGGCAACCCUAUCUAUCUCGCCAGUUGGCCCAACAGCAGAGCAGGUCCAGUCCCAUAAUGGCCAGAAGUCCAAUGCUUCAGGCAGCCCUCAGAAUCAGCAGUUGGAAAGGGACCUUCAUCUGGACCCUGAAACCAUCAAUGUGGCGCAUGAUCCUCAAGAGGAUGAUCCUCUGGACAUGCAGGAGGUCAGCGAAACAAUGCUGAACUCACUGCGCUCAUUGCGCAACAGCGCUGCCAAGAAGAGGGCUAAAGUAAACCUUAGCAGUUCAGAUCCAGACAGCCCUGACUCAGCUGUGAGGCUGGACCUGGGUUUGGACUCACCAUCACACACCUCUCCAAUGCUUACCACCUCAGCCAGUGAGAGUGGUCUUUCCAGUCUGAGCUCAGUUGCCAACUCCAGCUUCAAUGGCAUCAAAACCAGCCCAGGAAACUCUGCCUCUUCAGGAAUGAAACCUCGCAUUGCAAGAGUGCCUUCUGCAAAACUGAGGUCUUCUGUGUCCAUGGACUUCAGCAGCCUUCAAGGAUUGUCUCAGAGAAACGAACUGUCGUCUGAGGUGGGUGUUGUUGGGCAGAGAGUCACUUACUCCAACGGAACAAUCAAAACUGAGGAAGAGACAACAGGACCGUCCCCUCCGUUGGUCAAACCAGCCCUCCGUGAAUCAGUCAGAGCUCUGAAGCCUGCCAAAGGAUCUCAGAGCCACAGCAGCAGGAACUCACCAGCCACGGAUAUGGCUGAAGGAAUUAUUGGAAGAGGCAUGUUUGGCGCUGCCGUGUCCUCUAGCCUUCCAGGAGUCGCCUCGUCACUUGAGCAGGGUGAUUCCGUGGCCAAACCCCCCACUGAUGCCUCCGCAGGCAACUACAGCCAUGCUGCCAGUCCCCUAGACAGUGACGACAGCCCACAUCCAGAUGAAGUUAAGCAGAGGGUGAAGAAUGCACGGUUAAGCCGGGAUAAGAUGCGGCUGCAGUGUCUGGAUCAGCAAGAGGGGCAGCUCAGUCAAGCGGACCACACGCGAGACAAGAUUCGCCACAGAGUCAGACAGAUGCUGUCGGACUCCCCCACAAAGGAGAACCAAGUAUUAAUCAUCCAAGAUCUGCAUCUGAAUGGCAGCACACUGACUUCCACCAGAGCAGACCUUCUCUCUGAUGAGUCCCCUAUCAGCCCCACCAGUCCUGUCAGCCCACCAGGACCCCAAAGCCCCAUCAAGUGCUUCACUCCGCCCCACCAGCCGAGCCCCCCCACAGUGCCCCCCAACCCCAAAAACCUGACCCGUGUUAGGAGGGCCCCUAGCCUCAACAGAACUCGGCCAUCGCUGUCCCACAGCUCAGAUGAGCUGUCCCCUGGUACCACCGGUCACAAGAAAAAUCUCUCAGAGCCUCCGGAGCUGUCUCAGUUUUCCAAGCCUGACCUGGCGCUGGCACAGAGCUUUAACCUGCUGAGCUCCGAAGACUGGGAGAAGAAGAUCGAGGGUCUGACGAUCCUGCGCAGUCUGGCUCACCACCACUCAGACACACUCCAGGCCAGGCUUCAUGAUGUCUGCCUGGCCCUCAUUCAAGAGGUAAAGAACCUGCGGUCAAGUGUCUCCAGGGUUGCCGUAUGUACGCUGGGCGACCUGUACACCCACCUGCAGAAGGCAAUGGACCAGGAGCUGGAUGGGACAGUUAAAGCUUUACUGCUGAAGGCCGCAGAGAGUAACGCCUUCAUUAGGCAGGAUGUGGAUGCAGCCCUGGGCUGCAUGGUGCAGCACUGCACACCAACUCGUAGCAUCAAUGCUUUACUCUCUGGGGGACUCAGUCACCUCAACGCAGUGGUUAGAAAAUGCACCGCCCAGAACCUGGCUAAUCUGGUCGAGAAGGUUGGUGCGGUCCGUCUUCUGUCCGGAGGUAAAGAUCUCACAGACAGAAUCUUACCUGCCGUCACCAAACUCGCACAAGACUCCUCACAGGAACCCAGGUACUUUGGGCGUCGAAUGCUGCUGUCCCUGUCAUCCCACCCUGACUUUGACAAGAUCCUGGAGAAAUAUAUUCCCACCAAAGACCUGCCGACUGUCAGAGAAACUGUCUUCAUUCUCAAGACAAAGGCUCUUGGUGAGAUGUCCCAAGACACCCAGUCAGCCAGGGGUAGACGCUCCCUACCAGGCAGUGGUACAGUCCGGGCCUCAUCUCUCACCAGAGAGCCACUCAACCAAACCAACAGGGAGUCUAAUAGCCAUAGCCACAGCUGUAGAUCUCAGACACAGAGUAUUGCAGACAAGACCGAAUACAUCACGCAGAUCUCAGGUCUGCUGAGUUCAAAGGACUUCAGAGAGAGGAUCAAGGGAAUCGACCAGCUAGAAGCUGACUGCCAGCACAACCCCAACAUGGUCAUCAAUAAUAUAUUCCCGGUGUUUGAUGCCUUCAAGGCCAGGCUGCAGGAGUCCAACAGUAAGGUCAACCUGUAUGCUCUUGAGUCUCUUCAGAAAAUCAUCCUCUUGUUGAAGGACAACCUGUCCCAAGUAGUCAAUCUCCUAGUCCCAGCAAUCGUGGACAAUCACCUCAACUCCAAGAACAACGCCAUCUACUCUGCUGCUAUCGGAGCUAUCAAUGCACUCAUCUCAAAUCUUGAUAACAUACUUCUUCUUCAGCCUUUCUGCACCAAGGCUCAGUUUUUAAACGGCAAAGCAAAGGUGGAUCUUAUCGAAAAGGUUGCAGGUACGUCUGUAGUAAAUCUGACCACUGUUUCAACUUGGCUCUCAGAUUGGUGCGUAAGUCUGACCACCGUUUUCUCACUUUCUUUUUCCAGAUCUUGUGACAGAGCUCUACCCUCGCAAGCCCCAGAUGGUGGAGCAGAAAGUGCUUCCCUUGCUUUGGCACCUCCUGGGCACCUCUACCCACAGUGGUACCAUCCAUGGCCGGGGCGGCAGCGUGAGGGGUGCUACUGCCAACCUGUGCCAAGCCCUGUACGUCCAGAUGGGGCCCAAUCUGACUGAGUGUGCUGCCUCCCAGUCUGCCAAUGUCCAUAAAGGUUUAAAUGAGGUCCUGAGGACCUUAUCCUAAAAGGUAAAACAGAAUCAGAACACAACCUAAUGUUGGAAGAGAAGAACAUUAACACUGACCUUACUUGAAGACAGAGAUGUUCUACAUUUCUUACAGUGCCUGCACUUUUAUAUCAAUAAAGAGAAAAUCCUUUAAAAA